AUAGAUCGGAUUUGCUUCUUAAAAUUCCCCUUGCUUCAUACUCUAUCUGUCUCACGCCUAUGUUUCUACAGCAUAUUUUACCAGAUUGUGGGAAUACUCUUAAGAACCAAUGCCAUCAAUACAAUUCCGAUAGCCAUUGCUUCGUUUCGAGUGCAGGGACUAUCUAACAUGCCGGAUCCCAAUUCGCACGGGCGCGAGACUCGAUCACCUGCGGUCCGUCGAAAUGGGUUCUUACAGUCCUGCGAGCCAUGUCGCAAAGCCAAAUUGCGAUGCGACCAUGGCAGACCUGUAUGUGGUAGAUGUGCGACGAAAAACAUAGCCGCGAGAUGCUUUUAUCAUCCUGCACCCAUGACAAAACGAGCAGCCGCAGGGCUGGUCAGGCCUUCUCGACAGUCACCGAGUCAGCCAGGUUCAAGUGUCUCAAGCCCAGGGCCAGCCCUGGAGAGCAUCCAUCGACUUCGUACCACUCUCGAAUCACCCUCUGCGUCUCCUGGUUACUUGGGUUCGACGAGCUACUCGGCUGUCCUUGCUGAGCACCGUCCUGACUUUUCUCUCAACCUCGAGAGUAGCUCUGUGUCUGGCGCAUUUCCCCGACCAAUCGACCCUGAACGCCUUCAGACUGGAAUGCGAUUAGUGAAACUACUUCAUACUCUCACGAUCUGCGAUAUCUUGAUUCGGAACUACUAUGCCCGUGUUCUUGUUGCUGUCAUCCCAGAGACACUUAUUAUGUCCAUUCUACGCUCUACCCGAAAUGUGCUUGAGAGCCUAGAUUACCGCGGAGAUGUGGAUAGUCAGGUCCAAGACCUGGUUUGUAGAAUAACGCAGAAUACAUCCCGACCGUUAUCGACCCAUGGCUCGAUGACAGUGGAGCAAUAUUGCGCAACCUUUACGGAUGAAAACUUGCGCUGGGAGGCCAUUGGCAUUGUGUUUGCCACUUCCGGCAUAGCGCUCUCGUCUACCCCGGAAAACGAUCCAGAUCUUGUUCAAGUGGCGGCGGACAGUCCAGCCCGCGAUAGACUUCGUGCUCAGCUUGUUGAAGCCAGCGGCACCUGCCUCGGUUUAUGUGAUCAGAUGUCUUCUGUUAGUGAGUUGUUGGGGUUUUAUCAACACAAUGAUAUGGCUCUUCUCACUCACUACUACGGUGACUCGAGCUAUCAAGCUUGGCGUCGCCGUGGUGAAUUAUCUGCUACGAUAUAUGCAGCUGGACUGCACCAGGAGAGCCCUCAGACCGAUGACUGCCCCUUUUUUCUUCGACAAUGGAGACGAUGGUGCUUUUCCGCCGCAUUCUCAGUGGACAAGAACCAGGCCACGUUCGUGGGGAGACCACCGUCCAUUAAUUCUCGCUAUUGUACACUAACGCCCCCGCUGGAUCUCAGCGAGAGCCUGCUGAUCACUGGCGGAGAUGACCUCGCCAGGGCAAUCUCAAAGCUAGAUAGCUCUGGAUGGGCAGCUAAGGAUGAGAACGACCGAGUGAGUGUGCUACGUCUCCGAUUUACGUCCGCCGUGUUUAGGGACCGCGCUCUUGAGAUAGCCUUGGGAACCAGUGAGGACGUGGAGUUGGUGCAAAAGGCCAGCGAAAUCAUCGAGAAUGCGCGAGAGUCAUGGGGAGCAUGUCCUGCUCGACUGCGGUACGAUGCGCCUGGGCAAGGGGAUGGAUUGAAGACAUCUUCCCAGUCUUUCACCUUGCUUCAUAUUUACCUUGACUAUCUAUACACGAUUUUCCUCCUCCAAAGGACUAUUGUCAAGCGUACGAACACCGGGCAGGAAGCUCUCUUUGAGACCUCCAGAGUUAUUCUGUCCAAUAUCGUCAAAGGCCAUGCUGAGAGGGACACUGUUCUUGACAUGAGCAGACAUCGUGCUUGGAUUCUUCUCUACUACGGUCUCCCCAGUGCCAGUGUGCUCAUCCUCGAGCUUCUCCACCAAAACCAAGGCAUCAGGUCAUACUCUACUGCGCUCCCUCGCGCGGAGAUUAUUCGGAACCUGAGUGUUUUUGUAUCAUGCCUGUCCUGGGUAGCGCGACCUGGCCACGGCAAUUACCACACGUGCAAGGAGGCGGAGAGCAAGCUGUCUCACAUUCUCGACCAGGUUCUCGACCCUCAACCCAUUGAAGACUUUGCUUUCAACGAUGCCACCUCUGGCCUGUAUAGUCUCCUGGACUGGGACAACCUCAACAACUGGGACUUCACUUCCGAGUAUCUACCAUCGCAAAAUGGACUUCUGUGAGGACGUGCUGGGUGUGUAAACAUAAGGGUAUCGCAUUUGAUCAUCGCAGUCAUAAGUCAUGAGAACAUGAUCCAAAUCUAUCGACCGGGUCCAUCCAGGAGGGCCCACAUAUAAGAACCAGACAAGAAGCAGACGGUGCUGCGGUUCUGGCCGACAUUAUCGGAAUGGAG